GUGCUAAAUCAUUCAACUCACUUGAACAAUCAAAUGUGGCUCGCCGGAACUGGUACUUGGAGUAAAAUAGUAUCUUCUAAAACAAUAUUUUGUGGAUCUAAAGGCACAAUCGGUACUGGUAAAUCUUCGUUAUGGGGACCAGGUCGUAUAGCAAACGGCAAAUAUGGAUACUCGAUCUUGUGCUUUCCUUUCUUAGAAUAACCUUCAGUCUUUGUUAGACAAAAAUAGCAGUUGCCAAAAAGGUUAGUAGGUUCCCACCAUACCAUUGGAAUUGCAAAAGACUUGCUUUUCGUCCCAUUCAUCCACUGCACCAAUGACACGUUACAACUAACACAGCACGCUUGGGGGGCCCACUGCUCGUCUUGGUCUCUAAUUAAAGUACCAAAAUAUUUGAAAUAGGCUUUUUUCACAUUUUCGGAAAAUGGCCUGGCUUGCGAUUUCACCAUAAAUUCUUUACAAAUUAGCAAAAUUUGUCAGAAGUUUUGCAACUGCGGCGCGUUUAACUCUACAUUUUCGUCUUUAUAAUCACUUUUUGCACUAUGAACAGAGAACCACUUAGUAAGAAACUCAACAGAAUACUAAUUUUUAAGUUAUUUUUAUGUUUAUUAUUCCGAAUAAUACAGUUCAGAUAUUUUUUUGGGCAUAAAAUUUACCGAUAUUAACCACCCCUUUAUAAAAUUACAUACCUGCUAAUGUAAACAGGGAUAAUUAAGCUAUUGAAAGGUAUACCACCUUUAGGGCUUAAUUAAUACUUUUUCGAUUUUUGGACAGGUAUUUCCAUUUUUAAAAUAAUUGUCUCGCCUGUGUUACGAAAAUCUUGUUGGUCAGUGUAAUUGUCAAAAAGUGUGGUUAAUCGUUUAAAAACUAACCUUACUUAGUCUCAGAAAACUUUAUUUAUUGUGGUGAUUUAAACGAUGCAUUAAGUUAUUGAAAAUGGGGAGGCAAAAAAAUACUCCUAAAAAGAAUGAAAUAAUAGAAGUUGAUCGAAGAUGCCUUGAUUACAUUCCUGUAGUUACGAAGAGAAAAUGGAGAAAUACUUCUAAAAGGGAAAAAACAUAUAACAUUUUAGCACCUACGAACCCAAAAUAUUAUUUAGGAAACUUGUUUGUUGGUCAAACAAAUAAUAUAUUUCCUGAAAAAUAUACCACAGUAAAGAUUUCAUUCAACUUUGCCAAAAAUGAUUCCGAAAAUUUAGAAUCCUGUGAUAACAUUAUAUUGCUUUGUGGUACUACUUCAGUUAUAAUUAGAAGUUGUAGCGAUACAGUUUUCUUAAAAGACUUAGUUUCCUAUGGAAAAUCAUUUUUCUUUGAAUUUGUACCGUGCAAUGAAAAUGUAUGGUUGAAGGUUUAUUUGAGAACUUUACCACUGGAAAAGUUUUACCUAAAGCUUGGUAAUUGCUUGAAGAGAUUAUUUUUGAUGCUUUAUGGUGAACGAUGCUCUGCUAAAUUAGAUGCUAUUGAAAACAUAGAAAAAUUCCAUGGGACUAACAAAAUUAAAUUGAUGUAUUCCCAAUUGAUUGAAAACCGCAAAUCUAAUGAAAAAAAUGAGAAUAUGGAAGCUGUUCAACAUCUGCAAUUAAAACCUAAACUAAGACCAUAUCAGGAGGAAUCUGUAAGGUGGAUGUUACAAAGGGAAAGAAAAAGUAUUUCAUAUACAGAUGAACUGCAUCCAUUGUACAUUCCUAUAAAACUGGAGUCUGGUCUUGAAAUUUACUUUGAUAAAUAUACAGGAUAUGUUACUUCUGAAAAACCAGUUAUUUCUACAACUAGUCGAGGAGGUAUUUUAGCUGACGAAAUGGGUCUAGGCAAAACAGUAGAAGUUUUAGCUUGUAUAUUAAUGAAUCCAAAGUGUCCUGAUAAACUAGAAGAACUUACAUGUGAUUUAGAAGAUAUGCCAAUUGUAAGAAAGACACCAAAAAAGAGAAACUGUAUAAUUGAUUCAGACGAUGAAUUAAGCUCAGAAAAUACAUCUCUAAUAAACAAAUUGAAAGAUACAGAAGAAAGAGUUUCAGAAAAAGAAGAGGCAAUAAUUCCUAUAGUAAAAUUACAAAGAAAAAAACGGAAAAUGGUUAUUGAGACCAAAAAAACAGAUUACACCCAUAAACCAAAACCACUGAAAAUACCAAAGGAUUUUGUACAGCCCGAAAGUAAAAAAAGUGCUACAUUCCUAGCUCUUGAUAUGUGGUACAAAAACAUUCUAUCAGAAAUCAGUACAGUUAAACCAGAGUCAUAUGAAGAUCCCAAUAAAAAAUCAGUUCAAUGUAUUUGUGGCAGUAUUUCUGAAGAAAGGAUUAUUAAGUGUUCUAAUUGCAUCAAAUAUCAACACAUAGAAUGUUUAGGAUACAAAAAAUCUCUUGGAAAAUAUAUUUGUCCACAGUGUUGGAUGGAGGAACCUCUAAUAGAAUCAAAAGCAACUCUUAUAGUUACUCCUACAGCUUUAAAAACUCAAUGGAAAAAAGAAAUAUGUAAACAUAUUAUUGGCAACUUUAAAGUUUUGCAGUAUCAAGGGUUUAGUGCUACUCCAGUAUAUCCCACAGAGUUGAAGGAGUACGAUGUGGUAUUAACUACUUACAAUGUAUUACAGAAUGAACUUAGAUUAACAGAAAAUGGACAAGAAUUUAAUUUGAGGAAAGCAAGGAAAUACUUAACUCCUGGAAGCCCUUUAACAAGAUUAAAAUGGUGGAGGCUAUGUCUUGAUGAAGCACAAACUGUAGAAACUCCAGGUCGUAUGGUGUCUGCAAUGGCUAGAAAAAUUGAAGCUUUUUAUAGGUGGGCAAUUACUGGAACUCCUAUUUCAAAAAAUAUCUCAGAUCUUCAAGGAUUAAUAGACUAUCUUCAAAUUAAUCCCUAUUCUGACAUAACCGUUUGGAAUAAGAUCUUGUAUGAACCUUAUUUGGCAGGUAAUGAACAACCGUUGCUCAAUUUUUUGUCAGAUGUUCUUUGGAGGACUGCAAAAAAAGAUGUGACAAAUCAGAUAAACAUACCCCAACAAACAUACUUAGAGCAUUUGUUGGAGUUUUCAGCUGUUGAAAAAUAUUUCUACAAAAGGGAACAUGAAUUGAUCUGUAAUGAUUUUUUAUCUAAAGUUAGAAAGUAUGACUUAUCCAUACAUCUUGAAAGUUUGGAUAAGAGUACAUUGAAAAAGUUAUUAGCACCUUUAUUAACGUUAAGACAUGCUUGUACACAUCCAAAUACUGUACGAGGAAGAUAUUUAGCCACAAAAAAACAAGUUACAUCGAUGAAGGACCUUUUAAAUGCACUUAUUUUAAAAAAUACGAAUGAUAGUGAAGAUUGUCUGAGGUUGAUCAUCUCAGCCUAUAACGGUUUAGCUGGAAUCCACAUUUUGGAAAACUCCCAUCAAGAAGCUAUCAACAAUUAUAGACAAGUGCUUCAAUUAGUAGCCAGAUUUUCUGGUGAUAAAUGUGAAGCAAAAUUAACAAUUGAUAAACCACAAGUUAUACAUACUUUGUAUAAUUUAGCAGAAAUAAUAAGUAUUUAUCCUCCCGAACAACCAACUUUAAGGGAUGAAAACUUGAAAACUGAUUGUAUUGAAUUGGAAAGAAAGUAUAUGGAAAAGUUUAUCAGUGAUUCUACCAGUGCUUUUGAGAGCUUCAGUGCCAUUAUGUUGGAAAUAGAAAAAAUGCAAAACCAGUUUUCUCUGAAAGAUGGUCAGUGGUAUUCAGAUGGUUUGGAUUGGCUAUUUUUGAAUGGUCAUUAUAAUGAACUUCUUAAUAAAAUCCACAUGGCAUGUGAAAAUGCGGGUGUGCCGAAUAAUUUGAGGAAUAAUGAUGAAAGGCAGCUACUUCGAUCAAUGUGUGUAUGGGAUGACGAAAUAUUUGAAUUGAGAUCUAAAUUAUUUGAAGCUGUUGAACUUCUGUAUGAUAACCAUCCGGAAAGUGUCCAUAAAAUAAUUAUCAAACAAGAUCUUGUAACGCAAGCUAUGAAUUGUCAUUUGAGGCCCCAGAAAAAAAGCAGACAAGCAAACAAGUGUUCGGUGUGUGUAGCCAACGAUCAUUUGAAGAAAUAUGAAAUAAAGUUGUUUUGUAUGACUAAAAGGGAGAAAACAUUUGAAGAAAUGUCGCUGGUAGGCAGUUGGAAACCUACGUUGCAAGAGUUGGUAUUUAGAGCUAUUCAUAGUGCCUUAAGAUCAAAACAUGCCAAGACAGAAUAUGUUAAAGAUGGAGAACUUCAUAUUAACAUAAUAGAAAAUUUGAAAAAGGAAUUUAAAGAGUUGAGAAGACUUUGGACGUUUCUUGAUCAGCAAAUUUGCGCUAGAGAUGAAUUAGAUAUAUGCAAAGUUAGAUUACAAUUAAAAACAGAUACGGAAAUACAGAAAACUGAUAAAACAUUGAAAAACCUAACGUAUGAGUUAGAAAACAAAAAUGAAACUAUAAAUUUGCUAAGUGUCCAUGAAUUGGAUUAUCAAAUGUCUUUAUUGGAAAAUGAAGUUAGACAAAACACAGCAAAACUGGAAAAGCUGCUAGGUACUCAGAGCUAUCUAGAAACAUUAAGAAAACAACAGUAUGAAGGUCAAAGUCCGGACCCUUGUCCGAUUUGUAAAAAUACACUUGAACAGCACUGGAGUAUAUUAUUGUGCGGUCAUAGCUACUGUUUAGAAUGUAUACAGGUACUUUUGGAGCAGACCGCCGGUGACCACAUACAAUGUUCAGUAUGUAGAAAUAAACAAAAAUAUCAAGAAAUUUCUUACAUUAAAGCUGGGACUACUGUAACAGAUGACGAUUGUAAAAAAAUUAAGGGUAAUUAUUCCACGAAAAUAGAGGGUGUCAUAAAAGUGUUACUGGAUUUAAAAAGAGACGAUACUGAUGUUAAAGUUUUGCUAUUUUCUUCUUGGUUUACUGUGUUGAAGUGUUUGAAAGAGGCGUUGAUUAAGAACAACAUUUCCUGUGAGUUAGCGAAUACCGGUACUUUGGAUGUUAAAAUUACAAAUUUCAAGGAUCCGUUAAAAAAAAUCAUGGUACUACUUUUACCAGUUAAUUUAGGUUCUAAAGGUCUAAAUUUAAUUGAAGCUACUCAUGUUAUUUUAGUAGAACCCCUAUUGAAUCCUGCAGAUGAACUCCAAGCCAUAGGAAGAAUUAAUCGAAUUGGACAAACAAAAAAAACAUAUGUUCACAAAUUUCUCAUAAAAAACACCAUCGAGGAAAAUAUUCAUCAAGCUACAACAUCAAAUGCGGAAAAAUGGGAAAAAAGUUCAGUGACGUUAAGACAUUUAGUGGAUCUUUUUAAUACUACCGACCUGAACGAUGAAACGAUAGAGGAUACGCAAAUGACAGAAGUAACUUUAGAACAUUCUACUGAAAAUUCGAUAGAUUCGACUUUGGAAUCUGCGGAGGAGGAUGAAAUAGAAGAAAAUGAUAAUACAGUAGUCUUUGCAUAAAAUAGUGUCGAAAAUAAUGUUAUAGAUAAUGUAGAAUGCAGUAAGGUGAUGUCUGUGGAUCUCAAUUUAAGUUAAGAAAUAUUUUUUCAUAUCUUCAAAAA